UAACCAUUCUCCCCCUUCUGUUCUCUCCGCCUCGUCUCGCCUCUCUGCCGCUCUCGUUAGGGUUUCCUCCAUCCUUCUUCCUUGCGCGCUUAUGGCUCUCGGUUUGUUUCCUCGUUUCAGGUCCGCAUCUCGAGCAUGGGCGAGGAAGGCCCCGCCACGAGUGGCGAUCCUGAGACCAGGAAGAGGGCGAGGGAGGAGGGAGAUUUGAAGCGGGUGGCGGAGAUCGUGAUGGUUUUGUCGGCCAUGGGACAGAUGCGCGGCGGGAAGGAGCCUACGGCGGCCGAGAAGGCGCUGGUGGCCGAGGCGAGGGAGAGGCUAGUGAUGAUCUGCGAGGCCAUCAGGCCGAAGGAGCUAUUCUCAACGGAGGCCGUCAGGGUCGUGGCGGAUGAUCUCGGGCUGAGCAGGUCCAAGGAUCCUGGUCUGGGAUUCCGGCCGCCUAAGAUGUCGAUCGCAGAGAAGUUGUUGCUGACCAAGAAAAAGAUGGAUGAAUCCAAGGAAACAAGUGUGCAUUCAACCGUUCUUUCACCUCAACAAUUUCCAUUAGGCUUUGGUGUAAAAUCUGAUUCUUGUGGCACGUUGGCUCAUGAUGCUGGAGGGUUUCAUUCACCUAUAUCUCGUGUUCCUGUGCUAGCUUGUGCUGCUUCUCCUUUGAAGCAACUGCAUGUUAGUAAUGUGCAGUCUGGUGUUAAUAAAAUAAAGCAUUCAUCUGGUCCACUUGAUAAGGGUUGGCCUUCAGCACAUACUGGAUUAAAUGUUAGAUCCAGUGGGCCAUCUUAUGUGACGCAAGAUCAAGUUGAAAAUUUACCAAAGAAAAGUUCAACCAUCUCUUCCAUGCAAUCAUCUUCUGUUGCUGCUGUUGCAAGGUUUGGCCAACCAACCAAAUGGUUGGAUCAUAGUUCAAUUAAGUCUGAGGGAGCUUCUGGUGUAAAUGCAGUCCAAGCUUCCCAUCAGAUGAAAAAUCAGGAUAUCAAGUCCUCUGUAAUCCAAGCAGGACAAGGAGGCCUGCAUAUUCCACAUCAGCCUCCUCAAGGUGUGGCAUUCAUUCACACACCUGCUCUUUAUACAAAUCAUAAUGACAUUGCUACAAGCGUGCAGAAGAUUUUGCAACCAAAGGUUCCAGAUCAUCCAAGUUGGACGCCUCCAUCAAGUGAGUACAUGAAUGCUCCUCUAAAUUGCCAAAUAUGCAACAACGUGAUUGCAGACAUAGAAAGUCUGCUUGUGUGUGAUGCUUGUGAGAAAGGAAACCAUUUGAAAUGUCUUCAAUCUUACGGUAGCAGAGCCGUCUCCAAGGCAGAAUGGCACUGCCCAAACUGCUUGGCAUCAAGCAAUGGAAAGCCCUUGCCCCCCAAAUAUGGGAAGGUUACACGAGCUCCUGUUCCAGCGCAAAAAGUUGCUCCCAAUUCUGCUGCUUCUAAGAAAACAGAAGAUUCAGGCCCUAAGGUUAGUCAGCUGAAAGCAAUUGCUAAUGGGAAUUCUGGUGUGUCUCAAAAUUCAAGUUCUGCAAAUGAGGGCAUCAGUGCCCGUGAGGCUAUUCCAGAUUCUGCAGCAAUUGACAUAGAAAUGAAUUUGAUCACAACCAGAGUUAAAGGAGUCAUUGAAAAAUCUAAUGCAUUAGGAGGUAAUCAUUUAAAGGAAACAACUGGAGCUGCAUGUGCUAAUUCGGAUAUGCCUUGUGAGAAUCAUAACAACCUUGAGAGUGAUAGUUCAGUGUCAGCUAACACAAAAGAAAGUCCCAAUGUACGGCCUAGAACAUUGGAUGAAAAUAACAGUAUGGAUUCACAGAGUUUGGUUGUUGAAAAUAAUCAUUUCAAUAAAGCAACAGUAGCACAAAAUUCCGACCAAGACUUGUCGAGCAAUGUCAAAGUUUCUACUUCUCAUUUGCAUGAAAAUACUACCACUAUCACAUCUGGACUUGAAGUGCAUGGUGAAAAGAAACCAUCUGUAUGCAUAGAAGUUUCUAGUGUUAGAGUAGUCAAUGAAGGUAGUUUAGAAGCAACUCCAGAUGAAUCAAAUGGAUCAUUCAGUUGAUAUCCAUCUAAUCUUGCUCACAAUUGGUUGAAUAAUAUCCCAUUUUAGUCUUGCAGCAGUUUGUUCCUCCAGAAUUGUUGGAAUUUGCCAAAUUCUCACAGGCAAAAGUAGAAUGAACACAACUGUUCAAUAUCUAAACUGGCAGAAAACAAUACUCGGGAUUUGCUUGGGGAAGAUCUUUUCCCCCAUAUAUCUUAAUGGAUUUCAGGAGAUAAGAAAAGGCUGAUGCUUGUCAUAGUUCUAGAUACUUCACCAAAGACAAUAUUCUCCACAUUAUUUCUUAAAAUGAUUUCAUAAGAUGGGGAGGAUUUUCUUGUUAGCUAUGACUGUGUGCAACCUAAACUGUGCGCCAAGGGAUAUCAUCAUUUUGUAGAAGUUCAAGAUAACUGCAGUUGCUAAGUAACUUGGUAGCGGUUUUUGAAGUUUGCUUCCCUUCAUUUGGCAAUGCCUACCAGAAUAAUGUUCACAAGACUUGCUAAAGUUGUUACUUGAACAGAAACAUAUGACUGUAUGAUGCGUUGCUCUAUUAAUGGGCACCCUUGAUGUACAACUCUCGUUGUUACGAAAGGCUUUGACAAAAGAGUUGAUAAGGUUGUAAUUGCUUUUUAAUGCAAACCACGU